AAUCUCUUAAAAUGUCGUUUGAUUUAGGUCAACAGAAGAAAGAAAGUGCUGUUAUAGAAGAUACCUAUCCAGAGGAAUCUCCUUUGAAAAUGUCCGGUAUUUAUAAAGAUACUCCAAGAGAAGGUUUCAAAACGCUACAAGACGACCAAAAUAUGCCAAAAUAUAAUUAUGGCGCUUUUGGUAACACACAGGAGGAAGAUGUGGUUGAAGAUUUGAUAAAACUUCAGAGCACUCCAGGGAUCAUGGCUGUGUCUGAGAGAAAACUCAAGCAGGCUCAUAUUUUGAGUAAAGAGAAUAAAUACAUCCGCUUUAAGAUUAAUGAUCUGCUUGCUCAUACUAAUAUACAAAUGAUCUUAGUAAAAAUCUGGAAAUUGUUACUCGACGUUCAACAGAAUUACUCUUGAUCUGAAAGGAUCAGUAUUUAUAACUGCGUGAAGCAGAAAUUAGACUUUAACAAUGUGUAUGAUAACAUAAUUCCCAUAAUCAAAAGAGGGUAUGGGCGGUACUACAACACAGAUUAUUACUUAACAAAGAAGCCGGAAUAUAAGAAAGAUUAUAUCAACUUUGAACGGUUCUCAUUUGACGUCAUCUCCUUAGUUGGAGAGGAGCUGAUCGAUCUCUCAGCAGAAGAGUUUGAUGCGAUUUUGAGAGAGAUGUUCUACUGAAUUUCAUACCUUGAAAAUAACAGUCUCAAACUACUUGAAUUAGACCAGGUGGAGAGCAAGUGGGAACGGAUUAGUGUCAAGGAAUAUCUCCAGCAACAUAAGGAAAAUGACAACAGCACCGGUGACAAUCAGCCCAAAGGAAUCCUUAAUUUCAAUGUUAGAAAGGAUAAGGAAAAAUAAUAAAUUAGUGAAGGAAAUUCAGAGUAUCCAAGCCAGACGGAAGCCAUUUAGAAUGAAAUACUUUGCAAUAGAAAACUCAAAGAGAUCCAUUUCAAAGCGAAAUAAAGCUAAUUAUUCUGGAAUUGGUGAGAACUGGAGGAGUCUAGAGCAAUCAAGAUUGAAAUAUAACCCUCAGAAUGGCUCUUUUAAUCGGCAUAAAAGAAAUUUACCUAUGAAAAGAAGUAAUGUGAAUGAUUAUGCUCUUUUAAAAUAUGGCAUGCGUAAGGCAGAUAAGACUUUUGAUCAUGGAGCUAGGAAAAAUAAUGACUACAUUAACUUCUCAUCACCCAUUAAAGGAGGGAUGAGAGGUUUGGAGGAAACAUACUUUACAGACAAAUCGAUGUCUCAUGUUAAUAACACAGCUAGUAUUUUAAACAAAAUGAAGCUAAAAAGAGAAUUGAAUAACUUUAAUAAAAGGCAUCAGAGUGUCCAGAAGUGCCCUCAAUUAGGAAUGGGAGCACAUCAGCCUACUCAUAAUAGAACUUAUGAAAAUAAUAUAAACAAUACCAUAUCAGCUAAGGCUCUAAAAUAUUCUGUGAAAGUGCCGAAAAUUGUGAGGAAUAGUCCUAUGUUUACACAGAAAAACUUGAAGAUUCCUCAGAUCAAACUAACAGGAAGGGGGAUUUACAAGACAUCACAGAAAGCAUUUCCAGCUGUCUAGGAUGCUAAUUUAAAGAACCUAUCAAAAAUGUGCU